AUGCUUCGCUCGGACGUGGCCGUGGCCAUCUUGGAUGCGGACGGCAACGAGGUGGUUGACCUGCGCCAGGGGUGGCUGCCGGUCAACAUCUAUGGGGAGGAAGACUACGCCGAGCGUGUGGUUGAGCUGAUGCGACGACGAUAUUACGGCCGGGACCAACAGGACAAGGCGGGCAUUCUGCGGUACACCAAGGUGGUGAACACCAUCCUGGACAUCACCGAUGCCCCCGCGCCGGUCAACGAGCGUGAACUGUCCUGGCUGCUUUCGUUCUACUGGUCGUUGGACCAGGCGUACGAGACCCUGUCGGAAGCGGCCGCACACCGCGCCGAGGGGAUGCGCCCAGUGUCGUACCAACUGGGGGAGAUACAGCGGAAGCUCGAUGCCGGAUUGGCGAAUGGGUUGUCCAUAAGCGAUGCUGGACGGCAAAGCCUGGCUGGGCUGGGGCUGCGGGCGGGGUAG